CGCCUUACCGGCCCUGAAGUACUCGUACACGUAUUCUUUCCGAUCCCUCUCACCCGCGAAAUCCAAUCCUAGGGUUUCUCGAUCGCGAUCUGCCGAACCGAUCCUCGAAACCCAGCAAUGGCGCUCGCGGCAGACUCCGCCGUCCUGGACCGCGACGACAAGGGCCCUCGGGCGGUCCGCCUGUUCGCCUGGCUCGUGGAGGCCGAGUCUCUCUACUGCGCCACCGCCGCCUCCCGGCCCGCCGAGAACGACCUCGUCAGGAGCUUCCGCGGCGGCGCGACCCCGGAAGUCCGGAUCGUCGACUUCCUCGAGCUCAUCCAGCGCUACCUCCACUGCGAGGGAAGCAUCUACGUCCUCGCGGCGGCGCACCUUACUCGCUUCAUCCGCAGCCGCGCCGCCCGCGAGGCGGGGAUCCUGAUCGAGCCGUCCACGGCGCACCGCCUCGUGUCCGUGGCGCUCCUCGUCGCCGCCAAGUUCGCGAGCGCUCCCUAUCUCCCAAACAGCCAGAAGGUGCUCCCGGUGUGCUCGCGGCAGUCCAUCCGGCCGGCCGAGUUCGCCUCGCUCGAGCGGUCCUUCCUUCGCGCUAUCGACUACCGCCUAUUCCUCAGUGACGAGGAGUUCCUCAAGUUCUGCGGCCGCCUCGAGGACGCGCCGCGACGCACCAAGAAGAGGAAGGCGGCGCCGGUGGAGGAGCCCCGCCGUGUCCGCGCUUCGCCUGGCAUCACGGCCUCUUGAUCGAUCAGGUGGUUUCGUUACUCUCUCGAUUAUCCGCGUUCGAUUUCUUGUCCUACUCGAAUCUCUAGUUCGUUCGUUCUUUUGGAAUGUUCUGUUUCUGUCUUCGGUUUACUGGUUAUUUACAGGUCGAAGAUGGAGGGAGGCGCUACUACACUCUACAGCAGCUGAUGGAGUCUAGUCGAUCGAUGAUCCAGUUACCUGAGGAGAUGAAUGAUGUCUGAGUCCAUUGAGUCACCUAGUUGUGUCUGAAUCAGUCGAGUCAAUGUUGAGUCGUUAAGUAAAGUCAGCUCGUUGUGUCCGAGUAAGUCGAGUCAAUGUUGAGUCGUUGAGUCACCUCCCGAGUCAAUGUUAAAUCGUCGAGUCACUCGAGUCAAUGUUGAGUUGUUGAGUCACCUAGUUGUCUCAGUCGAGUCAACGUUAAGUCGUCGAGUCACUCGAGUCAAUGUUGAGUCGUUGAGUCACCUAGUGUCCAAACACUUGUUUUGUUACAAUUGUUUGGAAAAUAAUAGUCCCAAUACUUUCUGUGUACUCCUUGCGAAGGAUUCAGAGUUGGAUAAAUAAGCUAUAUAUUCAUGAGCUGUGUAAUGCUUGUGCAAGAUUUAAUAAAGUUGAAUAAAGACUCUAAUUUUCCCUA